UUUAAACGUUUAAAAAAUUCUGAAAACGAAAAUCUAUUUCUCUUUGAGUUUUAUAAAUAAGGCAGUUAUAAUCAUUUUUUGUUGAUUUAUUUAAAUUUUGGAUUUUAUGAAGUAGUAAUCUGUGAUAAAAAGUAUAAACUUAAAAGCAGAAAUGGCAUGUCAAGUGUCACCUCGAAUGCAGACAGGUACUUCAGUCUAUAAAAAUGAUUUCAAAAAAAGAAUUACUUCAUCACCGUUACCAACAAGACCGCAAAAUAGGCUGAGGAAGAACAGACCUCAUCCUAACAAGGAUUUUCUUCUUCCAUCACAAAUUAACGAUGGUAUAGAAUUACAAAAGAGAGUUCGUCGUGCAGUUCGAGAGUAUCUGGAUGAAAUUUAUUAUCGUGAGGGCGAUUCUAAUUCAUACUCACAAGCUCCUCCUCAGUUCAUUCCUCCAAAAAAUGACGAGGACCCAAGACCGAGAGAAAUUUUGAUGCCAAAAACGAGCAACAAAUUGUAUCGAUCAUACUCACAUUAUCAGGAUUCCUCUCCAAAUUUCCAAGUUACCGGUAAGACAACUUCUUUCGCCGCUAGAGAACGGCCAUCUACAGCUGUUGCAAUUGAAAGAUCUCCACCCGGUUAUCUACAAGCAGAAAGCAAAAGAGAUCGUUCUGUGAGAAUAAGGCAAGAGGUUGAAGACAAACAUAGAAUUCAGACGGCGAGUCCUCAACCAAAAAAGUGGCAAAGAAUAAGUUCUGCCGUUCCCACGCAGAAGAAAUCACUUUGGACAAAUCCGACUCAUACAAAGCGAGCAUUGUCUGCGCCACCUACUCAAGGAUAUUCAUAUUAUAAACAAUCUACUGGUAAUAACAAUACCAAAGCUAUGUAUAAACCAGUACAAGAUAAACUCAGUGCUUGGGCAGAAACUGCAAAUGAUUAUGAGAAACAAGUUGUGUAUAAUCUGCUCAACAAAGCUGCAAAACCGAAUGAGGGACCACCUACUACUCCACCCUCACCUCAGGAAGCUUACCAUUUACUUAUGAGAGCAAAAAGUGUUCCUGCUCAUCAACAAAUCCCUCAAGAUGAGAAAAUUGCACCAUGGUCACCAUACUUUAAUAAUUUGAGAAGACAACAAAAUAAACAAAGGAAUUUGAAUAGUGCGCCGGUCAAAAAAUUAUACGGUCUUGUUCCGAAUGCUACUCAAUAUCCUCCUCGAGACCAGAGAAUAUAUCGAUUACCAGGACAAGAUAUGAGAGUUCCUGGAAAUCCAGCAGAUGAAAAAGAAUUGAAAGAAUAUUUGAGCAAAAUAGCUAAGGUGACUCAAAAACAAUGGAGGCAACCAGAAAAGAAGUAUCUAAUAGCUCCAAUGCAUAGUUAUCCAAAUACGCAAGGAACUAAGGAUAAAGACUAUAAGUGCGAUGUCAGUUUCUUCCAGUCUGUACGUGCUCCAUUCAAAAGUCAUUUCAUUAUUCAUCCAGAUUUUACUUCAGAAAAUUUUAUUCAAAAGAAAAGAGCUGAUCAAAUGGUUUCACACAUUCGCUAUUAAAAAUUUAGAUAAUUUAGAAUAAGAGUUCAAAAAAUUGUUUCAAUUUGAAGAUUCUGAGGAGAAUACAAAUAAAAAAAUCUUACGGUAAACUUGAUUCCACUCGAAGAUAUGUUUAUGAUGUCACACUCCAUUAUUUACAACUUUUCUAAUUGAAUCGGUAUCUUUUUAUCUUAUAAAAGCAAUUUUGAAUUGCAAGUUGUUGCAAAAAAUUUUUGAGGUUUUCCCAACUAGCUUAGUUGUCACUGUAUCAUUAUUGUAUUAACACAUUAUAUUUGAAUUACUGUAGACAACAACACAAUAAAUGCACUUUGCACUUUUUUUAUUUCUUUUUUUACCAUCUCAUUUUAUUAUUUUUCUUCUUAGCUUGUUAAUUUGUGUAUAGUGCCAAAAAAUCUGUUAAGACAUUUAUGUGCACCAUCAGCUUAGUCUUGUUCUUCACAUUCUCAUGGGAAAUAUUCCUAUUUUCUCUUACUUAUAGAUUUUAGAAUGUUUUCUCAUAUUUACUUUUUUAUUUUUUGCCCUUCGAUUUUUUUUUAAAUUUCUGUAAACUUCCUGCUGUAAU